AUAAAUAAAGGUAACAUUCUCAAUCCCUCUCUCCUUGUGAUUCAUAUCUUCUUCCUCAACACGAACCUCUCUGCUUUGCUUCUUUUCAAAAAAAAAAUUCAAUUUCUUUCGAAUUUGCCCCUCUGGUUUUAAUCUAAUUACUUAAAAUGUCUGGAAUUCUAGUUUAUUCCGCCGCUAGCUCCCUUCGAUUCUCGCCGGGAAACAGCUUUACGGCGAAGACAGUCCGAUCUCGCAACGGAAACGCACGGUUUCCCUCCGGAGCUACGUCGGUCAGGGCUUAUACGCAGCAGACAUUCAACGCCGAGCCAGCUGUAAAGGAAUCCGUUCGCCGGCGAGCGUCGAGCCUCUACGAGCUGCUGAAAGUCAACGAAACGGCGUCGUUGACGGAGAUUAAGACGGCGUACCGGAGCUUGGCGAAGGUUUACCAUCCCGAUGCGUCGGAGUCUGACGGGCGAGAUUUCAUGGAGAUCCACAAAGCUUACGCGACGCUGGCGGAUCCGACGACGAGAGCUAUAUACGAUUCGACGCUGGUAACACGGCGGAGACGGGUUCACGGUGGAGCUAUGGGUCGAGCGGGUCGGGUGUACACGACUACCCGGAGGUGGGAGACGGAUCAGUGUUGGUGAUUUUUUGCAGCAGCGAAAGGGCACUUUUUGACUUUAUUUUCCCCUUUGUUAAUUUUUUUUUUUUAGUUUUCCUUUGUCAUAUCUUUGGAAAAUUAAAGGGGGAAAUAAGUUGUAUGAGCCUUUUAUUUUAACUCAAGAAGAGACGUGUAUAUUAUUUUUGCUUCAA